CAUUCCUUGAGAGUUGAUGAGUACAUACCAGACUGAUCGCCGAUCAUGAGCGCUCCAAGCACCAGACUGCCUAAUACACAUCGUCCUCGAAAGAGUCAGCAGAACCAGCAGCAGCAACAGCAGCUCCUCCAACGGCGCAAACGGGCCCAGGUCGCCCGAGCGUGCGGCAAUUGCCGUGUCCGCCGGAUCCGCUGCGACAACCAAACCCCAUGCUCCAACUGUGCCCUAAGUCGGACAGUCUGCAGCAACAGCAGCGCCCCCGUCGCGCUCACCCUGUCCCAGGCCAACCAGGAGAUUGCCUUGCUCAAGCAGAAAGUCCAAGAGCUGGAAGCCGCACUUGAAACCUGCACAUGCAGUAGCCGAGAGAAUCUCCCACCCGUCGUAACCUUGCGCCAACCGCCAAUCGAGAUUCAAGUUGGACCGGCAAGUGAACCUCAUCCACAUGCUACCCCGCAUCUCCCCUGGGGAGGGAUUCAUUUUCGACCGGCACGCUCCUCCAACAGUCUAUGGCUGGGUCCGUCAUCACUGUACUCGUACAUUCAGCGGAUCAAUGGCUUUCUCAGCCUUCAGUUGGACCAAGAGCAGCCCGCGCAUCAGCUGCUUCCCAUCUCCGCCAGUGACAACAAGCUCCUCGACCGGCCCACCACCGACCCAACCAAAAGCCUAAACCCGCCUCUAACCCCAACAACCUCUGUCUAUCUGACUCCGCUGCAGGAGGACUUUUUCAUCAACCACUUCUGGCAGACCUACCACGUUUCCCUCUUCCCCAUCAUAAACGAGGCGCAUUUCAAGCAGCACUACGCCAGCCUAUGGACGGCAGGUGGUAAGGAACGGCGAUCGUCGGCUCUCGUGGACAUCGUGGUGGCGAUGUGCAUGCAGUACCACAUUUCCACCCUGCCGGCAGAUUCACAGAGCGGGCUGCUGGACGGCCAGGAUGCCCUCGUAGCCGGCAGGUGGCACUACUGGCGGGGCCAGACACUGCUCGCCUACGAGCUGGAGAGCCCGUCUAUCGCCACGCUGCAAUGCCACCUGCUCUGCGCCGUCUACCUCUGCGGGGGCUCCUUCCACAACAUGAUGGACAGCACGGUGAGUCUCGCCGUGCGCACUGCGUACAUCUUGGGUCUACACGUGGACCCGCCUCCGAGUCUGCCGGAACCCGAUCGCGAGCUGCGGCGGCGGCUGUGGUGGGCGGUCUAUGUAAUGGACAGUCGAGCGGGUAUGAAGCUCGGGCGCCCGUUCAUGCUCUCCGACUGCUCUCACCAGACCAUGCCGCAGGUCCCAAGCGACACCCUCGCUAUCGCCGCCAGUUCCGGCUCGGCCUUUGUGCCCAUCGGCGAGGACACGACAUGGUUGAGCUUCAACCGGUACCAGACGACGCUCUACAUGGCCAUCCGCACAGCCUACAACGCGCUGUUCACCGUUGAUCUCCAUCUGAGCGAGGGCCAGACCAUCUGGAAUGACCCAGCUGCGCUAGAGACCGGCGCCCAGAUCUUGGCGCAACACACGCCGCGCAUCGCCGAGUGGGCGGAGAGCGUCCCGCGCGCCCUGCGGCUGCAACGCGAGGGUACGGGAUCGGACCGACCGUUCGCGACCGGCGCCGCGCGCCUGCUGCUCGAGCCAUUCACCCCACCGUGGCUGCAGCGGCAGCGCGUGCUGCUCGAACUCACCUACCAUCACCAAUGCACCAACCUGUACCGACCCGCCAUCUCCUUCCAAUGCUCCCCGCCACCGGGCGGUCACGCCGAAACGCUGGCCCGGCGCUGUGCCGCCCACGCCAUCGCCGUCUCCCAGCUCCUCCACCAAGUGAUGGAGGAAACCUCCCUACUCGACGGGUGGCACGAGGCGUUCUAUUCGCAGUGGAACGCAGGCAUGUCCCUGCUGGGGUUCCUGAUGGUCUACCCUCAUGAUCCAAUUGCGCCCGAUGCGCAGGCCGUGAUCGGGCAGGCGUUCGCCGUCUUCGAGCGCUUCCGCGCCGGGUUCCCCAUCGCCGGCCACGCAAGCAAGAUUCUGCUGGGCCUGCUGGGCCAGGCAGAUCUGGUCGCUAGAUUGAGCGAGGAAGGCCAGCAGCGGGAAGAGGAGCGGGAGCGAGCCCCCGAAGACGGCGAUGCUUGGGCCUUGCCGCAGGAUUUAGACGCAGAUCUGCUGAAUUUGGCUGGGGAUGUGGACUUUUGGAAUCAGGUCGAUCUGCUGUGGCCGCAGGCGCCGGAUCUGGUGGAUUUGGCUCUGUUCUAGAGGGUCAAGGGCAGUGUUAGCUACCAAAGACUGCUGCUUCGGGCUUACCAUGUAGCACAUCAUAUAUUUUUAAUCUUAUAACUUUGCGGGUUUUGGCUGAAGAGAUUAAUCCGAAAAGCCGCAAACAAAACAAAAACAUACAACAGAAGGG